CGAAAACCUUGCCCGUCGCGAGGAUUCUGAAAGACUCAAGCUAUUGUGCAAUAUCUUCGUCCACCAUUGGAGUCAUUAAACUCUCCAAUGACAGCUCCAGUUCCCUCAGAUGUCCACAGUUCCACUAUCCAGCAUCAAAAUAGUCGAGCGUGACAGCUCUUGUUUAGGGACCUACUUUGUGCUGGACUGCCAGUGCUCGGGCAUGCCAAUCAGCUGAUUUAUGGAAAAAUGAGCGAUUACAGCUGCAUGUUCGCAUUGAGACAGAUCUAUUUUUUCGAAGUUUUAUACGGCUUCUCAGUGUAGACACGGUUCUGAUUGAACAGCCCCAGAAUAUUACAACUUUUUGAAGGAACUAUUUUCUUCAGAUCAAAGGCAAAUUUCAGUAUGGCUUAUAAUUGGGAUGGUGAUGAAUAUGGUUACCAUGGUUAUUCAAUCCAACCUUCUGUGCGAUUACGACUGCGAAAUUAUGAGGGCCCCUACGACCCAGCCACUCUGAUGAGAGCUCGUGAUGAGCUUUUGUAUCACGUUGAACGUACGCAGAACACAGCAGCAUGGAGCAGAAUUCAGAGGAAAACUCCAGUAAAUGUAAAUGGUAUAAGAGACGACGAUGAUGGAUUUGGAGAAGCUUCAGAUAAGUUUUCUCAUGCCAAACUUCCUGAAAGUAAAGAAUUUGAAGUACCUUAUCAAGGUUGUCAAAUAGAUACUGAUAACUUUAUAUCACAACAAGAACCAACAUGUACUGUAGCUGCAGAAGGAGACAAAGGGGAAGUUAUUGAAAUUGAGGAUGAUGAUAUUGAUGACGUUCACGAAUCCAAUGAGGUAGUAAACAGUAGUGAAAUGGAAACCGUUACUAUUGAAAUUGAUCUUCCAGUCACGUUGAACACCAGUGAGAAUGCUGAUAGUGAUGAUUCUGAUUGUGUUUUAGUGGAGGACAAUAAGGAUUUGAUAACAGAUGAACAGAUUGAAAUAGAAAAUGAAACUGUGAAACCAGCUGAUGCAAGGGAUGGAUUAGAUAAGCAAGAAACAGAUGAGGAAGACAUUGAAAAUGAUACAAAGUUUCAGAGAAGAAGUUAUGAAUCUGAAGAGAAGAUGGCUAAUACAAAAGUGGAAACUGUAGAAACAAAUGCACAUGAAAACAUAGUUUUAGAGGAACAGAAUACAGAAAGUAACACUGAAGAUAAAGUUGUUCAUAAUGAGGAUGAAAAUGUCAAACAAGGAACUUUAACAAUGCCAUGCUCAGAAAGCAUUUUAAAGUGUGAUCACUGUGAAGUUAGAUGCAGUGAUGGAAAAAGUAUGAGUGAACAUUUGGAUACUGCUGUACACUAUUCUGCUAGUAAAUACAAUGUUGAUAAUGUUGGGGCAUUAAUUCUAAUGAAGAAAGUAGUUAAAACAAAUUGGAAUGCAAAAUAUAAAACAACAGUAAUGAAAUGUCCUAUUGCAUCAUGUCCAUCCAUUUUUCCACAGAUGGAUUUAUGUGUGAAUCAUUAUAAUGAAAAACACUGGAAAAGGGGGAUGCAAAAAGGUCAGUAUGGGUUAAUUGAUCUUGUAAAAGAAGAGAAAUGCAGUAUUACUUUGAACCCACCGAAGUGUUGUCAGUGUGCGGUGUUUUGUGGGACUGUAGACAAACUGAAAAGGCACAUGAAAGAUAAAGGACACUACCCUUUUACUUUGAUAGAAAACUGUAACAUAACUUUCUUAUGUCAGUAUUGUGAGAGAAGUUUUAAACACUUCGAUGGUUUGAUUUGUCACCAACGUGCCCAUAGAAAUGUCACCAAACACAUUUUCAAUUUUAGAGUUUUCCAGUAUGAGAGCGUUAGAAAAUUUAUUAUACCUGAAAAAGGUAGGUUAUCUCAACGAAGUGGAUCUGUUGCAAAGAGAAAGCACGAUCAGUCGUAUUCUGAUAGUGAGCCAAAUACUAAAGUCAAGAGAACAAUGGUAGGAACUGAAGUUUGUGUGCAAAUUUGCAGUGAAACUGUUGAUGAUGAGGCAGAUAGUGGACAUGAUGUUAGUGAAAGUGUUACAGAUGGAACAGAAGAUAACACAGAGAUUUAUGAUGCAAUGAGAGAGGCAAUGAAUCAUGCAAAAUCAGUGUUGUCAGCGGUACGGUCAGAUUCCGAUUCACAAGCAGAAAAAGUUGAUGGAGCAGAUACACUACAAAAUACUUUCAAAUGUGACUUCUGCAUGGAGAUCAACAGUUCUAAAGAGCAAAUGAUCUUGCAUCUAAAUGAGACGUGUCACAGAUCCGCAAGCUCUGUUUUGACUGAUGGUGAUAAGAACGUACGAUACAUGAAAAGUCUCGGCUCAGUUGUUUGCACUGAAGGAUUGCGCCAGAAGGCCUAUGCUGCCUGUCCGGGAAAUUGUCAAAACCUCUUCAGUUCUGUAAAACAGAGCGUAGAACAUUAUGUUCUCUGCCAUAAUAAUGAAAUUGAAUUGAAACCUUGCUAUGGUGUAAUUGAAGUCAGAGAUGAAGUAACUAUUCAAGUGUCUCCAAACAAGUGCUUAAUUUGUGGAGAAACCUUUAAGAAAUUAAAGACAUUAUCAAUGCAUUUUAAAGCAAAACAUUACCCAUUUAGUCUUAAACAUGGAUGUGAAACAUUCUUUAAAUGCAUGUACUGCCCAAGAAUUUUUCACACAUUUAAAUCUGCAUUAGUGCAUGUUGUGUUCCACAAGAACUUAGCGAAGAAUGGGAUGCUUGAUAUAUCUGUGUUGUAUAUAAAUUGUAGUGUAAAAAGAAUUGAGCUCCCACCAAAGCAUUCUAGCAGUGUAGAUAAAUGGGAAGCAGAGAUACGAAGUAUACAAUAUUGUAUACGCAAUUUAGAAGCAACUUCUAAAAGCAUCGCUGAUAACAGUGCAAAAAGGAAAAUGAAGAAAAAAAUUCGAACAAUGAAAGAAGGUCUUGUUGAGAAAUUUUGCUAGAGGUUUGUAGCCACACUUGUUUACUUAUGUGAAGUGACUUGUUCUGAGAGGGAUGACAAAGCCUGUAAAAAAUUUAUAUACAUUUACAGUACAUAUAUGUAAAAAAAAUAAAUUUUGAAUGAUACAUGUAUGUUUCUUCUAAGUAGAAACACAAGAACUAGCAAAAAUCUCUGUUUAAUUAAGGAAUAAUUUAUUUCAAAAGAGUGUUUUAACAUUAUUUAUUCACGAUGUGCAGUUGUACGUCGGGCGUAAUAAGUUCAUGAGGGCGCAGCCAGAGUGAAAUUAUUUGUGCAACGUAUUACCGCCAGAGUGUAAAACACGGGUUGCUAUAAAUUAUUCGAUUCUAAUAUGCCCUUAAUCUAAAACAGUAGAUAAAAUAUAAUAGCGCACUUUCUUUGUCACAACAAAAGCUUUGACGUCACAGCAUGUUAACGUGACAUCAUUCUAGCUUAAGAGUGUUUUAACAGAGAAAAGCAUAUUAGAAUUCUUUUUAUGUUGACUUUUCAAAACUAAUUUUGUAAUUUUUGUUAUAGAUGAAAUUAAGUUAAAUUCUCAAAAAACUGCCAAACUGAAUGCAUUCUGACUCCACACAAAUCUUUGGCAUCAUGAUAUGAUGUCACGCGGAUGGUUUUAUAACUCAUGCCUACAUUUUAUCAAAACAAUGGUCCUUUUUGACAAAGACAUUUUGCAGUAGUCUUGCACAAACUUUUCAGUUGAACUGCAAGUUUGAGAGGCACACUAUAGUAAGUGAAAUUUUUAUAAAAAUCAUUUUACUGAAUAUAAUACUGUCAAUGUGAAGUAUACAGUUUUAAGACAGUUUGUUUAUUUCACACAUUUACUUAAAUGAAACUUCUAUUACUUUGAUAUUUAGAAGAAAAAUCUCCUGUGAAAAACUGAAAAAAGAUUUGUGGAGGAUUUUUUCAGAAAUUAAAGCUGUUACAUGAGCACUAUAAGACAACACAUUACCCGUUCUGUUCAAAAUAUGAACAGGAAAUAUUCUUCGGGUGCACUUACUGCUCAAGAUUAUCUUACAAAUUUAAACAUACAUUAUGCCAUGUUGUAGAUCAUGAGAAUAGAAUGUUGGACUUAUCAGUGUUGUACAUAGAAUGUCAUAUAAAACGAAUUGAGCUGCCAACCAAGCAUUCUGGAAUGCAGAUACAUGUAGACUGUAAUAAUCUGCCACUGGUUUUAGAUCCAGAAUGGAAUAACCUGUUCAAGGGUAAUUGUUUUUAACAGUAACGAGGCUCUGCCGAGCUUCCGCCAAUUUGAAACAGUUACCCAAAGCCGGAUAUUCCCAUCUGCAUCUAUAACCAGUGACAGAUUAUUUUUCUUGCAUACCAUUUUUUGCAAAUAAUAAGAUAAAUAAAGCAACAAAAAAUAAUGUCUUUGUAGCACUCUUUCUUACAGUAGCUAGUAUAUACACAAAGCGCAGGAAAUUAACGCCCAUUAGCAGACGUGAAGUUUCGGUGACGCACAGUAACAAAGUUCCACUUUAGUUUUAUUGUUUGUAGCAUGUUAUAUUUUAACAGUAAAAUAACACAUUUUGAAUUGAGAAAUAUUCUGUAAGGAAUGGAGAUAAACUAUCAAGGUAUCCGAUUUUUUUCAUAUUUUACAUAAACAAUAUAAAAUCAGUGCAUGGAUCGUUAGUUGUCAGUAACAACAUGAGGGUCAUCUGGCAUGAGGGGUACCAGAUGAGUUUUGCCAGCAUGGGUAAAAGCGCCGGAAAUGAAAGUGUGAAAAGAAAGGAGAGGAAAUAAGAGAUAUAAAACAGCCCUCCCACUCAUCUGGGGUACUUUGAAAACGUUUUAUUUCGCAGAAAAACCUUUAACAUCCUUUAAUUCACACCUUGAACCUUUAUUUUCCCAAUCAGCAGGUGUAGCAAUUACAGUUGUUUUGAAAAUUGAAGGAGAAUUGAAUUAACCAACAUUUCAACAGUGGACUGGAGGAUUAAAAGAAAUACAUUUGUAUAAUGUUUUCUCAGUCUC